AUGGAGAUAAAUCCAUUGUCUCAUCAAAUUUUAGAGGUUACUCAAGGAGAAAAAUCCUAAAGAGAACUUGAAAUUAAUUAGAAUUUACUGAAGAAUCAGGAAACAUAAGAUGUGGACCAAUAAUAUCAACAAAAUUCAGAGUAAAUAUUUGAAGAUGAAACUCUUAUUUAAGAAGCAUCUCAAAACCCUCUUAAAUUUGAAGAAUAAGAAACAGAAGAAUAAGUAUAAUAAAUUCAAUCUUUAGAACAAAGCUAAUGGGCAAUCGGAUUCAAUGAUUUCUGCAAGCUUUAAAAAAAAAGUUUUGAUACAUAGACGAUACACUUUAUCUUGAUUGAUUAGGUGGCAGAUGUUACUGUUUAAUUUGGAUUUGAACUCAGAUUCUACCCUUCUUAUGAUGGCUACUAAGACAAAGGCGGAAUCUAUGUCUUUAAGACGAGUUAAUCUGAUUCUUCCUAUUUCAGUGAAGAGCUAUUAUCUACUGAAAUAUUAGAGGGCAAGUUUUAGACUGGUUUAUAAUUUACAUAUAAAGCACAUGACAGAAACACAAUCUCCAUUGUCACAGUCUACCUGACUAGAGAUGAUAAAGGAUGUGGAGAUAUUGAAUUCGACAUAAAAAAAGAUGGCCUAGAUAGAAAUGUUGAAGCCACAGUAAAUUGGUUUUCCGAUGAAAUUUAAAAUAAUGGAGUAUUCUACACUGAUUCAAAUGGAUUAGAGUAUGUUAAGAGAAUCAAAAGAAAUGCAUUCGAGGAAUCAGAUUUUAAAUCAACAGCUCCUGCUAAUUUUUAUCCUAUCAAUACAGGGAUCUUUAUUGAAAAUAAAACAAAGAAGCUAUAAAUGAUAGUUAUGAAUGAUAGAGCAUAAGCAGGCUCAGUUCUGACAAAUGAUCAACUGGGCAAUCCAGAAUUUCUAAAUGAAUUAGAUGAGAACAAUUAACCUAUUAGGACUCAGAAUAAAUACUUUGUUAGAUUCACUAAUUCUCGAAAGAUGUAUCAGGCAAGUAAAUUCUUCUAAGAAAAUGUGACUAUAACAUAAAUUGAUAAGGAAACGAUCAUUAUCCCAAGAUUGCACUCUAUGUUAAAGCAAUUAGAUAUUGUAGACUAUAAACUUAUCCCAGAUACCAAGUUUGAAACAGCGCUUUUAUGGUUGCAAUAAUUCAACAUUGACAAAUAAAAUGUGAAACAAAUUUCAAGAGAUUAGGUGAGAGAUAUACUUUAAUAAUUGUGUAAAAUCGGAGAAAUCAAAUCUCAGUUUGACUACAAAACCAGCAAAUGCGAUGUAAGUCCAAGCUUUGAAUUUACUAAGCUGACAGGAUAAGCUUUGAGCGAUAUUGAAUAGAAAAAAAAUGAUUACUCAUUAUACAAAAUUUUAACGAUUAAGAUAAAAUUAAUUUGA